ACUUCAUACUCUGCAACUCAGGCCUCUCUUACUCUAGCGAUUCGGCCCGGUCUCACCAAAAUGACCCGACGUGAGCAUCGGGACCUUGUCCAUGAUCCGAAUUGCCGUCUUUCCAAUUUGCGAUGUGCCUCCUCCUCUCCUGCGGGACUUCCACUCCAUGCUUCUACGUCACCACGUAAUCCCUCUCUCCACGAUUAGCUCCUUCUACCCGGAGCAUUAGAAAUCCCCUUUUGCUCACCGGCCUUGGGACACGGGCUCACUCCGAUUCAAAUUCAUGUUGGGCGGGGCCCCGCCCAGCCCAUGGGAAGAUUUUCAGUCCAAUCGCAAGAUCCUCGCUGUAAUCGGCAUAUGCCUCUACCCUUCUUCACCAGAUCUCGGUCUCGUCAUCGAUCAAUUCAAUGCCGCCUGCAAAGGUUACUCCUCUGCUGUCGUUCAACGCUGCUUCGCCUUUCGUCCUGGCGAUUCUCAAGAACAGAUUAUGUAUUGGCUUUGACUCUUGAGAACUUCCUUGAGCCCCGCUCGCAAACACUUGUGUUCAAGGCUGGUAUGACCAAGUCAAUCCACUAUGCUCGCAUGUUGAUUAGGCAAAGGCAUAUCAGGGUUGGGAGGGAGGUUGUCAACAUCCCAUCCUUCAUGGUGAGGGUUGACUUACAAAAACGUAUCAAAUUCUCUCUAACAAGUCCAUUUAGAGGUGGCCGCCCUGGAAGAGUGAAGAGAAAGAAGAAGAGAGCAGCCGCCAAAAAGGCUGCUGGUGAAGAUGGUGAUGAAGAGGAAGACAAGUAAACCUAAGGCUACUAUCACUACUAGGAACCUUUAAAAAGGCUAUGUGGAACUUACCAUUUCCUCCAUUAUUAGACAUGGUUUGAGUUUUGUUUCCAGACCUUUAUUGUAGUGGAUCUUAGUAUGUGUUUUUCAUUUGUUAUUAUGUUUUUUCCUAGAUUAGAAGUUAAUUGAGUAUUAAUUGUGUUGUUCUAAGAUUAAAAUAUUUUAAUUGACUUUGUUUCUA